ACCACCAUCGCUGUGGCAGCAGCUGGCGUCGUUACAGCUGGCGCCCUCGCAUACGCAGUCUACUUCGAUCACCGCCGAAGAAGCGAUCCCGAGUUCCGCAGAUACCUCAAAAAGCAGCACAAGAAGGUCCACAAGUCAGACCUUGAAGCUUCAAAAGCCGCCGAGCACGCGCAAAAGCAAAGGAUCCGCGAUGUUGUCGACGACGCCAACGAGGAUGGCUUCCCACGAGAUCAAGACGAGACCGAGGCAUACUUCAUGCAGGAAGUCGCACGAGGAGAGCAGAUGUGCACGGAUGGAAGCGACCCCGUCGAUGCCGCCCUCUGCUUUUACAAGGCUUUGAAGGUUUACCCACAACCGAGAGAAUUGAUCAGUAUCUACGACAAGACAGUGCCAAAGCCAAUCCUCGCCAUUCUCGCCGAAAUGAUCGCCGUCGACCCAAGCAUAUCCUUAACAGGCAGCUCGGGUGCUUCUGACGCCGGCAGC